AUGUGUGAGGAACAGAAACCUUUGUUCAGAGAUCUAACUGGUGAUGAUCCGGAGCCCGAAGUGACGGAAAUAGAGUCACUCUGUCUGAAUUGCCACGAAAAUGGUAUGACUCGUCUCCUGCUAACUCGUAUCCCACACUACAAGAAUGUAGUCAUAAUGUCCUUCAACUGUGAACACUGCGGCUUUGAGAAUAAUGAGAUUCAACCGGGCGGUGCAUACGCUGAAUUGGGAGUACGUUGGAAGCUGAGCAUCCAAGAUUCUCGUGACCUCAAUCGUCAGGUAGUGAAGAGUGACCACACAGCUGUCAUUAUACCCGAGUUGGACUUUGAGAUACCGGCUCUCAGUCAGAAGGGAGAGGUGACAACAGUAGAAGGAAUAAUAUCGAGGGCAAUCACAGGUUUAACACAAGACCAGGCAGUUAGAAGAGUACAGCAUCCCGAACAUGCACAACAAAUAGAUGAGUUUGUGACUAAACUAGAAGAAUUAAAAAGUUUACAGAAGACAUGGACACUCAUCAUAGAAGAUAUUACAGGGAAUUGUUUCGUAGAGAACCCCGAAGCUCCUAAGAAGGAUCCUCGCUGUGUCAGAACAGACUUCAAAAGAAGCAAAGAGGAUGACAUCAAACUGGGAAUAUAUACAGAGGGCUCCACAGCCCUCGCCGGAGCCCUAACAUCAGAGGAGCCUUCGGUAGCGAGCUACGAGCAGCUGUCUUCAGACGAGGUGCUACAGUUCAGAACCAACUGCCCUGAGUGUAACGCACCCGCUGACACCAAUAUGAAGAUUACUAAGAUUCCACACUUCAAGGAAGUAGUGAUAAUGGCGACCGUGUGUGAUGCGUGCGGACAUCGGACCAAUGAGGUGAAGUCAGGUGGUGGCGUUGAAGAGAAAGGUGUGAAGUUUGAAGUGAAGAUCAGGAAUAGGGAAGACUUCACUAGGGAUAUAUUAAAGUCAGAGACAUGUAACAUGUGUAUACCGGAGCUCGAGCUAGAAGUGGGGGGCGCGGCGUUGGGAGGGAGGUUUACCACCGUGGAGGGAGUGCUGACGGCUGUGAAGGAACAGAUGAUGGAGGGGCUCGGAUUGGGGGACGCGGGGGGGCAGGCGAGGGAGAAGGUCGACAGAUGUAUAUCCAGUAUAGAUGAAAUCUUAGAAGGGAAAUCAUCAGCCACAUUGAUUUUGGACGACCCCGCUGGAAAUUCAUAUGUACAGAACUUAAGUGAUGACCCAACAGUGUUUGAUGAUGGUCUCAAAGUAGUUCAUUACGAGCGCUCCUAUGAACAAAACGACGAGUUGGGAUUAAACGAUAUGAAGACAGAAGGCUAUGAAGAGAGUUGA